GAGUCAUUUUUAUCACCAACAGAUAACAAAAUAGAGGUAAACCUGAAGAAAGGCAGUGGAGAACAACCAAAGAAAGAAACACUUGACACAUAGGAAAGGACGUGGUAGAAGUUUGCAUGCUCUCGGUCACGCAACCUUCGUGCAUUCCCAAAGCCCUAAAACCCUUCAUUCCCCUUCCGUCUCUGGCCAUGAAGGACCGCCGCACGCUGUCCUCCUAUGGCUCCGUUUACAUUCCGCCGCACCUCCGCUUGCGCUCCGUCGCCAAUUUCAACAACUCACCCUCUCCGCUUCGCGCCAAACCCCACGAAAACCCUACACACACCAUUUCUACUCUGCAACCGCCGUUCACGGAGCGAGUUACCGAUAAGGCACGCUCGCUCUUCGUUUCUGCUUAUGACGAUACCGUUUCCGAGGAAGGCUCCGAUCGUGAAUUCGAACUUCCCUCUCUAGUGCAUGCUUCCAAAUUUGCUUGUUUGCCGAAUGCUUCGCUUGAUGAUAACACUGACGAAUGGAAGCGGAAAUUUACCGUGCUCUUAAAUGACAAGAGUAAGCACGAAUUAAUCUCGAGGGAUAAAAAGGAUAGGCGUGAUUUUGAGGAAAUAGCAGUUAUUGCAAGCGGAAUGGGGUUGUAUAGCCAUAUGUAUGCUAAGGUUGUUGUCUUCAGUAAGGUCCCACUUCCAAAUUACAGAUAUGAUUUGGACGAUCGGAAGCCUCAGAGGGAGGUGAGCUUGUCUUUCACCACAUUUACCCGUGUUAAGGCGCAUUUUGAGGAAUAUCUUAGCCAAAAAUCCAGGAUGAACAAAAGCUGUUUGGAUUUGUCAUCUGCAAGAUCUAGCAGUAAUUGCAGUAUUGGUAUGGAUGAGGGGCUUUUUGAGCAACCUGAGCCACUAGCAUCAAGUAAGGCUGUUAUAGAGAAAAUUGUUCGGCAGAGGAGCUUAAAAAUGCGUGCUCAGCAGCAAGCUUGGCAGGAAUCUGCUGAAGGAAAUAGAAUGCUAGAAUUUCGCAGAAGUCUCCCAGCUUAUAAAAAGAAAGAAGAAAUAUUAUCAGUCAUAUCUAGGAAUCAGGUAGUUAUAAUUUCAGGCGAAACAGGUUGUGGCAAGACAACUCAAAUUCCACAAUUCAUUUUAGAAUCUGAGAUAGAAUCAGUUCGAGGAGCUGCUUGUAAUAUCAUAUGCACAGAGCCAAGACGCAUUUCAGCCAUGUCAGUUUCUGAAAGAGUGGCCUUUGAGAGGGGAGAGAAAUUGGGCGAAUCUGUUGGAUAUAAAGUUCGACUUGAGGGUAUGAAAGGGAGAGAUACCCAUCUUCUCUUUUGCACCACAGGCAUUUUAUUAAGAAGAUUACUGGCUGAUAGAAAGUUAAAAGGCGUAACUCAUGUUAUUGUGGAUGAAAUUCAUGAGCGAGGGAUGAAUGAAGAUUUUCUGCUUAUUAUCCUUAAAGAACUCCUUCCCCGUCGGCCAGAACUGAAACUGAUUUUGAUGAGUGCUACCCUAGAUGCGAAGCUCUUUUCUUCAUACUUUAAUGGGGCUCCGACUAUGUUUAUUCCUGGCUACACAUACCACGUCAGAACCCAUUUUUUGGAGAACAUUCUUGAAAUGACGGGCUACAGAUUAACUCCUUGUAAUCAAAUUGAUGAUUAUGGUCAAGAAAAGAUGUGGAAAAUGAACAGACAGGUCCCAAGAAAGAGGAAAAGUCAAAUUGCUUCUGCCGUUGAGGAUGCAAUUAGAGCUGCUGAUUUCAAA